ACCGAUGACAUCCGAAUGGUCAAGCAACUUAUUGCCCCUUUUUCUGCCAGUGAAAAUGAUGAAGCCUCUGAAUGGGUCUUGAAUUUUGAACGGAUUUGCGGAGGCGUGAACGAAAGCAACAAUUUUAAGCUUUGUUGUGUGCGCAUGUUGAUGAAGGCGGGAACAGAGGCGGACUUGUUCAUGCGUGUCGACAAAUCAAAGACUUACGACGAGUUUAAGGGAAACUUCCUAAAAACUUUUGGCCGCAGCAAUUCAACUGCCGACGUGGUACUUCUGUUGAAGGAAACCUUUUUCAACCCGGAGAAAAACUCCGUAAUGGGAUAUAUUCUUCGCAUGGAAGAAAUUGCUAUGCGUGCCGACAUCGAAGAGAAAUUGACAGUGCAGUUAAUCGUUGAUGGUUUUCGUGAUCGAUCUUCCAGUAUCGCCUUAUUGUAUUCAGCGUCGACCAUCGGAAAACUUAAGGAGCUAGCUCGACAAUACGAGGCUUUGAGGAAGAGUACCCAGACGAAUUUUAAGCGCACUGGGAUGACCGCUUCCGGAAAUGACCGGAGCCAGGUGCGUUGCUAUAAUUGUUCAGCACAUGGCCAUUAUGCUUCAUCGUGUCCCGCACCUAAGCGGGAGAAGGGAUCGUGUUUCCAGUGUGGAUCCAUGCAGCACCAGGUGAAGGAUUGCCAACAGAAGCCUAUGCCAACCCAGCGUUCCGUGGGUACAGCCAGCAACCCGCCAAUGGACGACAGAGAGGAGAACAAUAUUUUUGUUCCUAUUGUUAAUCAGCGCUAUUAAUUUGAUGCAGCGCUCGGCGAUACCUUAUGAAAAUUUUGAUGGUGUACUAAGACCGACAGAGUAUUUUGGAGUUAACGGUUCGAGAAUAAGCAUUUUUGGAAAAA